CCAUCGACCUUCACCUCAAACACGUGCGUUUGUUUUGGAAGAGCAGACGACAGUAAAUGCAUGAUGAUGUCGAUGCAUUCCAGAGAAAAGCAGCAACAACCGUUUUUCAAACCAAUAACAAAUACAGAUUGUGUAAAUAACCGAAAUAGCCUAUAUGAGCCAUCAAGCCACAUGAGACAGAAAACAUUCCAAAACCUAUCAAAUUUCCAAGUAUCCAAUGCUAAAGAAAAUGAGGCAGUUAAGCAGGACAGCAACACUUUGCAUGCGCUGCAUCAGGAAGCUGACAAAAUCAUGAAAUGGAAAGUUCAAACAGAAAUUGAAAUAAAACAGAAGGAAAAAAAUAUACAUGAAGCAACAUGUACAAUUGACAUGCUGCGGAAAUCCAGCCUUGAACUUCAGCUGCAAAAUGAAAAUCUUAGUUUGAAACUUCAAGAAGAAAUUGAAAAUAGGGAAGAACUGCUACAGAGAAUAACUUCUACAAGGGACAUAUGCAAUUUGCUGAAGGAUCACAGCACAAAGACAGAAGACAGAUUGCUAACAUGUGAAACUGAAAGAACAGAAUUAAAAUAUAAGGAAAAGGAACAUUUGAAACAAUUUGAGGAAUUAUCAAAAUCAUUUAGACAGCUCCAGCUGAAUGCAGAGGAAGAUCACAAUAAAUUAACAAACCAGUUGACAGUUGAACGUGAACAGAAAAAAGAACAAGAAACAGAAUGGAAAGAAAAGAUCACCACAGCUGAACAACAGCUGAAAGAGCUUCUGAGUAGCUGUGAUGAUAAGGACAUUGAAAUUAGAGACAUCAGAUCUCAGCUUUGUAAAAAUGAGGACAAGCUGUAUGAUAUGAAAAAUGCAUGUGACGAUCUUCAGAAAAAGCUGCAAACAUCUGAAGAGUCCAUUAGUGAGCAUCAUGAUCAACUUGAGGAUGCAAUUUGUCAAAUGUCAAAGGCAAAGGAACAUCAUUCACAACUUGAAAGCAGAAUUAUCGGAUUGAAUGAAAUGUGUAGGAGUCAUCUCCCUGCAGAAAAGUUUAUCGAUGAACACAACAUGGACUGCCUUGACAUUGAUCUUUUGGCAGCAUACAUAAAAAAGAUGCUCGAAAUGUUAUCACAAAAGCAAGACAGUAUUCAAAUUUACAAAGAACAGCUUGCAAGGAUGGAUUGUUCAGUGGAAGAAUUGAAAAGCUCUAAAGAUAUACUAAUAAUGGAAAAGAGUGAAUUAGAAAUUAGGAUUGCUGCACUUGAUGGAGAAAGGGUAAACUUAUUGGAAAAGAUACAAACUGAAGAAAAUAAGACCCAGGAACUGGAGGCAACAGUAUCUAGAUUAACCAUUGAGUUAGUGGGUGGCAAAGAUGAAAUUAUGACCCAGGAGACAACUAUUAACAAACUGAACAGGGACAUGAAAAAUCUCACAACAGAUAAGAUGGUUCUGGAAGAAAAUUUGAUGUCAGCACAGCAGGAGAUUAAAACCUGCAUGAAAAGACUUGAAGAGUCACAAAAGCAAUUGCAAGCUAAGUGGGAGGUUGGACAGUCUUUAUCCAAAGAUUUGCAGGAAAUGACAGAUUUACUUGCAGAGGAAAGAACAAAUCAUGAGGCAACAUCUUCAAAGUUGUGCAAGAUGCAAGGUCAAAUGGCAGAUACUGAAAAUGAACUGGCAUCAAUUAAAUCUGAUGCGAAGAAUUUACAAGCAGAAAUACAGAAAUUGAACAAGACAGAGACAACCCUAGAAGAGUCACUAGAGUCUGCCAGUCAGACCAUAAAUGAACUUCAGGGAAAGAUUGCUGAGUUAACAGAAGAAAUGGAAAACAAAAUGAAGGAGAAUGAAGAAUUAAGAGGAGAAAGAGAUGAGCAGGAUAAAAGCAUGCAUGGAGAAAUAGAAUCAAGAACAAAGGAGGCAUCUGCACUAGAGGAAAAAAUCAAAACAUUGAAGGAAACUGUGUCUUCUAAAACAAAACAAGUAAAAGAAGUGGAAAAAGAGGUAAAAAGUCUAAAGAGCAAGUUGACAUCCCAGAAUAAGCUUACAGAUAAUAAGGAAAAGGAGAUACAAAAGCUAAGGUUAGCCCUUGAAGAAGCAGAUGGAGAGAAGUCUGAACUUCAAGAAUGCAUAGAUAGUCUAAAGUCAGAGGCAUGUUCAGAGAAACAGACUUUUGAAGCAGCUAAACAGCAGGCAGAAGAUAUGCAAAUACUGAGUAAGAAUGCAAUGAAAGAAAAGGAGGAAAUUGCAAAAAAAUGUGAGGCAGAGAUAGCAAACAUGACUAGCACAUUGGAGAAAUAUCAACAGGAAAAUCACAAACUUGUGGCACAGAAAGACAAAGAAAUUAAAUCACUGAAAACAAAGAUUCUCAGUGUAGAGAAGGAUGGAAAUAGUUCACGAACAGAGAUUGAGGAAAAAUUGCAAGACUUGCAUGUUGAAAUUGAUCAACAAAAGAGACUAAUGGACACUUCAGAGGAGGAAAAGCAAUCACUUGAGGAAAGAUGCAAGGAAUAUUCCAUAAAGCUGACAGAUCUUGAGGAAAUUAUAUCAACUAAGGAAGAGAAGAUUUCUGAGCUGACUGAUGUGAUAGCUAGUCAGAAAAAGAUUCUCACAACCUCUACAACACAGACAGAUCCUGUAAAGGAGAAGACAACACCAAGUCCUAAAUCAAAAAAGGAACAAACUCCACAAGUCUCACAGAUUCCACAACAUGGUCGACAAGGAACUGUUUGUGGUAAUAGAUCAAGCACUCCUCAGCAAGCUUACAUUGCAACCACACCUAAACCUACCACUCCUCGACUAUCAACAACAGCAUACACUCCUGUUUCUGCCCACAGAACACCAAAACUAACCUCCAAAACCCCACAAGGAAUUUGUAACAUCAAAACUCCACAAAGGAGUAUACUGAAGCAUGACUGUGUUGAUUCUGCAAUUAAGAAAAGAAGGGUUGUUUUUGCAUCACCAAAAGACAACUCAGAUAGUUCAGAUACAGACUCUUCACAGUUAAUGGAAGUAGAGAUUGAUGAAUUAGAGAACCGUUUACAAGGAACUAAAGGAAGUACACCUCUGCUUGUGAAACCAUCUCCAAAAGUACGGAAUAUGGACAUAGAUGAUUUUGACAGGAAGAGACUUGACCACAGUAAAGGGACUGUCCCACUCAACAGAGUGCCGCGAGGAGGGCCAGUAAAGUCCAGCAAAAAAGAAAAUGAGAAAAUUUCAAGCUUACAAGAUGCAGAGAUGAAAAAAUUCAAGGAUUUGUUUCCUACUCAGCACUUAGCUAGUAAACUUGCACGGGUGGAUAUGGAGAAAGCGCAAUCCCAAAAAUCAUGCAAUGUGCGUAAAACACCAAGCAAACCACCAGGAAAGUUUUUUAAGAAUUCACCAAAAGACAGACCGAUGAAAAGCAAAAAGAUGAGAGGAAAGGAGGAAACCUCAUGGUUUGAUUUAGACUCUGUAUUUGGAUUCGGUCCUGAGGACUAGUCAGUUAAGGUGAAUUUAGAAAUCUUAACUUUAUGGAGGAGUUAUGGUUCCUAGACCAAGCAUUUUACAUUUGAUGUACUGGGGAACAAACAAUUUUCAGAAGGUUUAAAAGGUUUCAUACAUAUGAAUUUCACACAACUGUUUAAUCUAUAUUUAUGUUAAAGUGAUGUAUUGUUCUUCAGAUUUGUGCGACAUGCUUAUUGCUAGAAUUUGGUAUGGGUUCGGAAUUAAGAUUUGUGGCUUUUAAAUCUGCAGCCAAUGUAAACAUAGUUAUACAUAUUGCUAAAAACUGUUUCUCCAGGGAGUCCAGAUUAGUGUAAUUCACUAUAAGAGGUGAUAAAUUGUUUACAAUGUUUUGAGGGAUUAAAAAGAAUGUAUUGUUUGCAGUGCAUAUUUACAAGCUUUGGGUAGAGUGAAAAAAGACAAUUUUGCGGGCAUCAAGAUCUUCAAUUUUCAAACGUUUAUAAAUUCAACCUUGAUAAGGCAUUAUCAUUUAAUCGAUUUGUUGAUUUUUUUUAUUUAACAUAUUUGUCAUAUUUAUGAGCAAUUCUUGAAACUAUAAUUCCAAUGAAUUACUGUUUUUUUUUAAUUAUUGAAAUUAAUAUAAUUAUAAAUGUUAUAUAAUCAUCUUUAGAUGUAACCAUAUAAAAAGUAUAUGAUGUUUUCCUCAAUUGCACUUGUACAAUGAUUGUGAUUUAAGAUUUUUUAAUAUUUGUAUAUGAUUUUUCAUUAUUUUCAUUCCUUUGACAGUACUAAUUGUUCCUGAUUCUCAUGAUUUUUUUUUCCGUUUUACAUUUCAUUUAUUGAUAUGUAUAUCAAUUCAGUUAUAUACGCAAAGGGACUUGUCUUACGUGACUGACCAUAUUUUUGUAUUCAUUUUAUCUUGUUGAUAUGCAUAAAUUUUGCACUUAUUCAUUGUGAUAACAUUUAAUGUGAUAUAAUUCGUUAAUGUGUCAUUGUAAUUGUCAAAAGAGUAAGUGUUUAAAAGUUGAAUAUUGUUUUAAAAUUGUAUGGUAUAAUAAAUCUUGUUUGUUACAAUAAAAGAGAAAACCAAUAUUUCUAAAGCUA